AUGUUUGAAGAGAUCAUACAUUUUUUGACUACGUCUCCCACGCGCGUAGUUGAAAAGAUCUCAAUUUCCUUGGCUCCUUCUCCUUCACAUAUCCGAACGUCGACAGUCUCUAAGUACGCAACAGCGCCAUAUACUAGUACUCAUUCUCAUACAACUGCCUCUUUCCAUCCACGAGAACCCACGAAUAAAACGUCCUCACCUCGCGCUACUUGCUCCAGUUGGGAUGCUGAGAGACAUCAACGUAAGAUUCCCAAAUAUUGCCCACAUCAUACUGCUCCAUCCAAAAUGGGAGCCACUCCAUCCGCUUCUGCUGGUCCUGUUGCAAGUGCGAUUAAUGAACCUCCUAAGGAUAUUGAUAUGGGUGAAUCUACUGAUGAAUCUCAUGAAUUGUGA